ACGUAUGCUUGGCAACGUCAAACUCUUGAUAUUGUAAACGGUGGAAUCUGCUUGUGUUGAUUGUAAUUUCACUAACAAGAAGUUAUUUUAUAAAAGAGAAAGAAAAUCUUCGCAGUACUUUUUAUAUUCUCCAAAUUAUGGAGAUUUCUUCCAAAGCGGAUGUGGGAAGUACCAAAGAAGCCGAAAUCUUUGAUGUUUUAAAUGCUGUAGAGUACUGCCUACCUUGUAAAGAGCAAGACAAUGAAAAACAAGCAGAGUUUUGGUGUACCGACUGUCCUGAGUUAUUAUGUGAGAACUGCUAUGGUCAUCAUAAAGUUCUAAAAGCAACCCGAAACCAUAAAAUGCUUAGCAUAAUCGAUUACCACAUGAUAGGGAAAAGUAUAGCGGAAUUCGAAUUCUACUGCCAGGUACACCCAGCAAAGGGGAUUAAGUUUUACUGCGUUACUCAUAAUACGCCUUGUUGUAAUAUAUGCAAAGAAGAGACACAUGGUAUAAAAUGCAAUGUGCAGUUAAAAGAUGACAUUUUGAAAAUAACAGAUGUCAGAGGAGAUAUGAACGCGAUGGUUGAAGCAAUGACGAAAAUGGUUGAAAAUAUGCAAACAGAGAUGCUUAAGGAUCGCUGGAAUGUCUCAGAUUUGGAAAAGCAAAAGACUGUGUUUUAUGAUGAAAUGAAAAACGGUAGACAACUAGUAGAAAACUUCCUUGACAAGUGUGAAAACGAUGAAAAAGAAAAGUUUGAAUUAGCCUUCUCUGCCGCCAAAGAAACGCUGUGUGACAAUAAAAGGAAAAUAAAACACAAACUUAAUGUUGUACAGAAGAGGACAGAAACCACAGAAAAGAUAAAAGAAUCCGAAUUCUCUGAGUUUAAAAUGUUUCUCAUUAAAACUAAAUUUUAUACAAACUAUUUAGAUGACCAAAUGCAAAUUGAAAGUCUCCUUACAGGAAUGAAAGAUGUUCUUGUUGUUGCCCGACCAACUUAUGAUUUGAAUCACCAGACGAAACAAAUAACCAUCAGAAAUGGAUUUGAAGCGGAAAGUGUUGGUCAAAGUCAUGUCGGUAAAAAGCAACCCGAGUUUGACGAUAUUGAGUUCAGUUCAUCGACAGUAGAAGCAGAAGAUGGUAUUGUAGAAGAAAAUGUCCAACCAGAGAGAGAUAUUCCAUUAGAUGGUGUCAAACUUACCUUCGACAACAUGUUCCCUGUCAAAUCUAACAUAUACCAGCUAAAGGAACAUUUCUUUAUUGAACGUCGUAAUAAAGAUAUUAGUGUAAAAUGCAUAAGAUUUCUCUCAAGUGAUAAAAUAGUUCUCACAGAAGAUUCCGAUUCCAGAAUUCUUGUUUAUAAGACAAAUGGGUAUAAGAUAGGUGAGGUUGAUUUUGAAGAGGAUCCAGAUGAAAUUGCUGUCAUUGACGAAACGCAGGUUGCUGUUUCUGUUAAGAAGAAAGUUAUUUUUGUAGAUACUGCUGAAUUAGAGACUAAGAUAGAGAAAAACCUCCGUGAUUAUAUUUCAGGCCUUUCUUAUGCAAAUCAAAAAAUAUUUGCAUGUUUACAACAUAAAGGUGUUCUUAUAAUGGGACUUUCCGGAAAAGUAAUUCGAACGAUUCCAUUUAUUAAAGGAAGAUUGUAUAUUUGUACAACAAUUGACGAAAUUAUUUAUUCUGUCAAAUACGGAAAAUCAAACAUGUUCCAAUGCUAUGAUAUUAACAGAAACAAGAAAGAAAUGUACUCUUUCAAUCGUACGUUCAAUGUUAAUGGAAUAACAUGCGACAUAGACGGGAAUAUAUAUCUUGCCAUCGGUGGAUCAGAAAUUAUCAAGGUUGAUGCUACUACACGAUUAAUUUCAACUCUUUUUACGUCAAAGGAAGAUUUGAAAAAUCCUUAUAACAUUGAUUGUUGUGAAAACGGAAAUAGACUUUUAACAAUUGACAAUGGAAAAGAAGUAAAAAUUUUCCAGACACUGAACAGUUAAAAGCACUAAUUCGGUGGUCAACUAAUGCUAUCAAAAUCAUUAAAUAGAUAUUAAGAUAAA